AUGCAUGAGUUAAUAUACUUGACGCCAUUUUUUUUUUAUUUUGACCUCAAACAAUCCAAUAGGAGUGAGUUGACAGAAUUUUCGCCAAGACACAAUAAUAAAGAGAAGACUUCGAAGUUGAGUCAUUUAUUUUAACAGUGAGUAGAUCUGAUCAAAAGAAAUGUUUUUUUCCUUUACCAUUUUUCUGGUAAAAUUAAAGUAACAAAGUUAUAGCCCUUUGGAAGUUUGAGUACCGCCCUGUCUCAAUAAUAAUAUUAUGUGCUCGUGUUUGGCGACAACGGAUAUAAUCCGCCUUAUCGGUUCAUCGCAUCGGAAACAAAAAAGCGAAAGAAUUUGGAACGAUGUUUUUACAAUUAUUUUAUUCAUUUGUAUACAGUCAGUGUCAGUCGGUAACGCGUGGGUGAAUAGUGGUGUCUGUUGCGUGGCUCAAACGAAAUAAAAAAUGACACAUGUUUAUGCGGAUCGGUUUCCCAAUCGAGUGCAACCAACCCCUCGUGCCUUUGUUAAUGUAGUACAACGGGCUCGUGAAUCAGGUGACGGCAUGCCGGUGCUCCAAGACCUCACGAUCAAAUACAGGUCCGCACUGAAAUACUUGUCGGGAGGAUACUUUAUAAAACAAGGUAAACAAUUUUUUUUAAUUUUUUUUUAUUUUUACACACAUAUUUUGGUUUAUCUUCCUUCUACAAUCAUUAUCUGAAAAUUAAUGACUCAACUUCAAAGUCUCCCUGUAUAUCUAAUGUUCAUUUGCCAUUAUUUACAAGACAUUCUGAUGAAUCUUCUCUGGAGAGGCAGAUAAAUCAAGUUGAAUUAAUUACCUGCCUACACAAAGAAGUAAAACUAUUUAAUUCGGUGUUGUACACACACAGAGUGCAAGACUGGAGAGGAGAGUGCCAGGCCAUAAAUUCGCUAAACGUGUACUAGCAAGAGACCCAGGAUCGUAUCGAGAGAAAAGUUCUUGGGGCGGCUCAUACUUCGUCUUCAGGAAGAUGUUCAUCUCGGUGGGAGGGGAGUCGUAAAUUGCAUCAGUGCUUCUGAGAGCGAAUGAACUUGUGACAGUUGAAGGGCGGAAAGGAUCAACUGCAUCAGUGCUCCUGAGAGAGGAUGCCUUGAAGAGAGGCGGACAUCAAAAACACAUUAAUGGUGCAACCCGAUUCGCCUGGGGGGCUUACGGGCUUACACUGCACAAAAGGUAUAGUAUAGCCGAUUCUGGGAGG